UAAAACAUCGUUUCGUAUCUAGCUUGUGCCUUUUUAGAUAAAAACAAACGGCCUGCUUCGCAAGUGUUCCCGGAAGUCUUGCGAUGUUGCGCCUCUGGGUUUAAAAACUCUGUGGCGAGAUCUCGGCACCAUUUUGUGAAGCCACUCAAGCCUGCGAGAGUUGUGGUGGGAAUAUUUGUAUUUUGUUGCUAGUGAGCUAGCGAAACUUGGUGUGAACUGUUAACGGCUGACCAAACAUAGCUUGCUAUUUUUUUUAAAAUAUAUAUAUAUAUUUUUUACAAUAGCAAUUAGCUAAAUUAACGUUAAAAGUAGUCUCCUAACUUUUAAAACCCGAAAGUUAGUUAUCAGCCUACGGAUGUCUGGAGAUAAUAUGUCGGGCGGCGGGAGCGUGGUUCGUGGCCCAGCGGGGAACAACGACUGUCGGAUCUACGUGGGUAACCUGCCGCCUGAUAUUCGCACUAAAGACGUGGAGGAUGUGUUUUAUAAGUACGGGGCGAUCCGAGAUAUCGAUCUGAAGAACCGCAGAGGAGGACCUCCGUUCGCUUUUGUGGAAUUCGAGGAUCCCAGGGAUGCUGAUGAUGCGGUGCACGGUCGUGAUGGUUAUGACUAUGAUGGUUACCGUCUCCGGGUGGAGUUCCCCCGUAGUGGGCGUGGUGGAGGGAGAGGGGGUGGUGGCGGCGGCAGGGGUGGCGGCGGCGAUGGAGGAGGAGCCCCAAGAGGUCGAUACGGACCUCCCUCACGGCGCUCAGAGUACAGAGUCAUCGUCUCAGGUCUCCCCUCUAGUGGUAGCUGGCAGGACCUAAAGGACCACAUGCGCGAGGCAGGUGAUGUAUGUUACGCUGACGUGUUCCGGGACGGUACCGGCGUGGUGGAGUUCGUACGCAAGGAGGACAUGACCUACGCUGUCCGCAAGCUGGACAACACCAAGUUCCGCUCCCACGAGGGAGAGACUGCGUAUGUGCGUGUGAAGGUGGACGGACCUCGCAGCCCCAGUUACGGACGCUCCCGCUCUCGUAGCCGUAGCAACGGGCGUAGCAACGGGCGUAGCAACAGCCGUUCGCGCAGCUUCUCACCGCCGCGACGCAGCCGUCCCUCGCCACGCUACUCGCCACGACACUCCCGAUCACGCUCCCGCAGCUAGACACAAACCACAUACACACACCUCCAGCCCAGCGGCCCCCAGGGAUACAUCAGACCAGGAGAUGGACAGGCGCCGCCCGGUGGACAUCCUAAUGAAUUACACCUAAUGUUCCCUCGGCUACCUCUUGUUCUUUCAUCCCCGUUUCCUGGUCUAGUUUGCCCCAGCUGUGGUUUUGGCUUAUGACCUCUGUUCUCUUUGUAUCUGCUGACCCCUCAUCUUCCCCUGCUCUCUCUCCUAUCCCCCCCCCCCCAUCCCCAUCUGUGGAAAGGGCUUUAAUUGUUCUGUUUCUGUUAGUUUUGACUGGGGGGGUGAGAUUUAAUUUUGUGUUUAUGUGGUGAGGGGUGGUAUUUUCUUUGGCCUGUUGUGGUGUCUGUGAUGUGUUGUUGUGCUGACCUCUGACCUGUCUGUCGUGUCUCUCUGUAGAGAUCACAGGAGCAAGCUGAUAGGCUGCUGGGAAACAGGAAACUGUUCAUAUUAGGAUUAACAGGAGGAGCAGGAGGAGUCAAAUACCAGCCAAUGGUAUGACUGCAGUAGUCUCUCAUCCAAUCAGCUGUCAGACCUGAUGUUUUAGUGACCAGUAAUAUUAUUAAACUGGUUUUAACUUUCUACUCUUAACUCUCUCAUAUUAGAGUGCUUUGCCACCUCUCCUUCCCUCAAUCCCAUCCUCCCCUGGUUUUCUAUUCACGGUUUCUGGUCAGAGUAGCAUGCAUGGCAGUGUGUGUCUGUGGAGGUAGUGCGUGGGUAGUGCGUCGGUAGGGUAGUGUAGUGCGUCGGUGGUGGCAGUAGCAAUAGGAUAGUGUGUGUGUGUCUGGCAUUGUUAUUAGUGGUUGGUUAGUCUUGGUUCAGAGAACUUUAGUUAUAAUGUUGAGGUGAGUUUUCUUCUGUAAAUGUCUUCUCUUAAACACAGCUUUCAGAGCCAGCAGGUUGUGAUGUAGCUAGACUUGGGCGGUAUACCGUAUUUGACUAUACACAGAUAUUGAUUCAGGGACCGGUUUGGGUUUUUAAUUCACCUUCUAUAAUGAUAUUUGAACGUUUGAUUUGUUAAAUGUGAUACGCUGAGUGUAGUGUCCGUUUUUAUAGUUGACUUGGCUACUUGGGUCAUCUCUCGCCAUGCCACUUUCUAGCCCCACCUCCCCUGUCACUCAAGGAGCAUAAUUGUUGUUGCUUGACCAGGAGACGCUUGCGUUCAUGUUUGCAUGGUCAAUGUAACACGUGCAACAAUGUUGAUAACAAUGCUGUUUUCACUUUGCUUCUUAAUAUAAAUCCACUAGCGUUCCAUAAUUACACCAUUAGUUUGUUUCUUACAUCUGCAAAUUUGUAUUUUCAUAGCAAGUUGGGCCUAUAUCUUGUUAGCCGCUAACUGCUAGCUGGCUAAUAAAUGUACCGAGUCAGAGCAAAUGUAACUAGCUAUACAGCCUGAUAAUACCAGUAAUGGUGUAGAACUAAAUUGGCAUGUUGGUACAACAGUAUUUUCGAAACCAGAGGAACAUGUGAAUGUCAGUUACAUGAAGUAACUAAGAGAACCUUCAAUGUAGCCAAAGAUUAGAGUCCCAUAGGAAACACUGACCAUCACUUUGGUUCCUACCCUGUCACAAUAACUCCUCCUGGCAUUUUCAUGUCAAACAACACAGUAUUCCAAGUGCCCACUAUUAUAUUCAAACUAUAGAAUUAACCCUUCCUAAUCAUUAUUUCCUUUUAUUUCAACAGUUCACCCAAGUGUUUUGCUCUAAAUCGCAAGUCCAAUUGCAACAUUUGGUUAAAAAUAAGACCUAGGUUUUUUUUUUGUUGCCCAUAUUGUGCAGCCAGUCUUACACGGCAGUGUGGAAAUGAUCUCAAAUGAGUGCAGGAAACGCAGAAAUGUAUGAAUGUUUUUGGUUGAAUUGAACAGUAUAAAGCAGAAAAGAGACCAAUUUGGAAUCACAUAUGUAUUAGGUUGGUACCAAUAUUCAUAAAGAAAAUUUAAGGACUUUUAUUAAAAAAAAACAUUAAAUACUGGCAUACCAUUUUUUUUUUUUUUUUUUUUAAUAUUGUUUUUACACCGUGAUAUAAUAUUUUGGCCAUAUCGCCAAGCCCUAACUAUAGCAGGUUAUGAUAGUGUGGCUGAUUGGCUGUAGCAGGCUGUGAGUGAUUCUAACCUGUUGCUCCUUCCUUCUCUCUGUUGGGUGAUCUGUCUCAAGGAGGGCUGUGAUUGGAGGAGGGCUCUGUCUCCCCGUCCUGGAGCCAAUCAGACCUUCAGGAUUCAGGAUCAGAGCAGGGAUUAGGAUUAAGGAUGGAGAGAGAACGCGGAGUGGGACAGGAGCAUAGGAUCGGGACCAGCCCCCAGGCCACAGCCCAGCCCACUGGAACCUAGAUACUAGACCUAAGUCACUCAAAUGGCUCUCAAACACCCAAAAUUAGUUUAUUUCCCCCCCACCCACCCGUGUGGACUCCACAGCGUCCUUCUAGGAUCCUGACCAGCGUUCUUUUAUUUAAGUGGAGCUCAACGCAAAACCAGGAGUCUGGCUCAGGAUGGAGGGAGGCGCACAUAAGGAGAUUGGUAACUAGAAGGGAAUUAUAAUCUGGGGGGGUUAAAUGUUUGUUCAUUAAAGGGAUGGAGGGUAAUGUGUUUCGUUUGUUUGGAGGGAGGGUGUGUUUAUUUUAAAAGGUUUGCAUUGUUUCCUCAGUAGAUUUUAUGAUUAGUUUGUUUACCAAGUUGGUAAUUUUUCAUGUUUCAGCACCUCUUCAAUAAAGUGUCUUCGACAGUA